UUCAGUACACCAGGCGGAGGGCCUUAAUGUACCCAGAGACAAAUAUAUUGCAGCUGGCCACGUCACUGCCUCCGUCUCUCUGGAGAAUCAAGCUCGUGUCAUAGAAAGGCACAGAGCGGCAUUGCUACAAACGGCCACAAUAGGCGGUGGGAGUGGACAAACCAGAGCCGAGCCAGCAGCUUGGCGGUGCGUCUUCACGGGGAAUCUCUCUUGGUUGGUGCUGAUACCAUCCGUUGUUCGCCAAACGGGAGCCGCUUACUUGGAGGAAGGAUGUAUUGAUCCGUUCGCCCGUAGAGUGAGCGCUUCCCCCAGCGGAUCCCUCCAUGCGUCACCCCCGGGAAUGGAUCAGGAAUCCGCUGCGGCGUCUGGGGCCAGUUUUAUCUCCCUGACCGAACAUGAGCAGAGGUAUUACUCAGGUCUCCACGCUCUGUGCCAGGCUGACGCUCCGGGAAAGCUGUCGUCCAGCACAGUGGCGGAGCUGUUCAAGGCGUCUCAGCUGCCUCCAGAAUCCCUGCAUAAAGUGACUGAGGUGUGUGGCGCGAAGCACCUGGGUUACUUCGGUACAGCCCAGUUCUACAUCGCCCUGAAGCUGCUGGCGGCCGCCCAGUCCGGUCUGCCCAUCCGCCUGGAGAGCGUAGCCGGCAAUCUACCUCUGCCCAGAUUCGCUGGGCUUAAGAAUGACCCGGAGAUGCGAUACGCCGCGGCUCCUCCCACCUCCGACCCCCAGGGGGCGCCGCUUGGUUCUGUGGCCUGGAACGCUGCGGACAGGAGCUCCUUCAGACCCCUGGAGGCCAACGCAGAUAAGAAGCCUGAGCCGUGGUCUCCACCUCGAUCGCCGUGCGGCUCGCCGCCUCACUCUCCUCUGACAUAUCGCAGCUACCCGUACUCAAAGCAGAGGAACGGCGUGGACGCGCAGAUCCCCUAUGACGGCAAAUUCUCCUCGCGGUCUAUCGUUCAGCUGGAGCAACACUCCUCGCCCGGCCACUAUGUGAACAAACCCGCUGCAGAACAUACAGCCGUGGCUCAGUUUUACACAUUUGCUCAGGCUUCUUCUGCAGAAAGGCUCAACCAGCCGGCCACGCUGAGCUACUCCGACGACGACCCCUGGAGGAUCACAGCGGAACAGCUGGACUAUUACACCAACCAGUUUAAAACGCUCCAGCCCGACCUUGGGGCUCUAAUCUUGGGAGCCGUAGCGAAGAACUUCUUCACUAAAUCCAAGCUGCCUAUCCCGGAGCUCUCCCACAUUUGGGAGCUGAGCGAUGUGGACCGGGACGGAGCGCUGACCUUCGCCGAGUUCUGCAUAGCCUUUCAUCUGAUUGUGGCCCGGAAGAACGGCUACCCGCUCCCGGAGAGCCUUCCCCCGACCCUGCAGCCGGCGCCGGCUCAGCACCAAGAGGAGCGGAUCCCAGACACUCCCGAGAGUUCGGAGCCUCUGAUUGUCUUCGAGGAUGCGCAACCGAGAACCUGUAAGGCGGCAAAGGAUCCAAACAGCGUAGCAAGGCUUGACCCAACCCUGGCCUCAAGGAAACAAGAUCCGCAAGAGCAAUCCCUUAAUCAGGACGGGAGCGUGACGCGUUUGGGGUCGUCUCGAGAGAAGCCCACUCUACAGCUGGGAGCGUUUCCUGAGAAGCCGGAGCCGCAUCAGGAUUUAGACCCGCAGAUGAGAACAAAAACAAGACAAAGGUCGUACUCCAGCACUUCCAUCGACGACGCCAUAAAGAAGGCGGAGGAGCCGCCCACGCCUCCGCCCCGCCCUCAGAAGACCCACUCCAGGGCUUCCUCACUGGACCUCAACAAGCUCUUCCAGCAGGGCGCUCCAGGGGUGAAAAGCGGAUGGCUGCUGCCUCCUCCAGCUCUGCCUCCCAGACCGUCGGCUUCGCAGGUUCCUCAUUUCCUCAAGGUGUCAGAGCAAGCUUCCCAGAGUAAAGUUCAGCAGCCGAACUUUGCUGACUUCAGUCACUUUAGAGAAGAGGGGGGAGGGUUACAGGAGGAGAGCGGCGUGAAGCUGGAAGAGCCGGGUCCGGCCUCCAGGUUUGGACUGAGUUCUGAAGACCUGGGAAGCACUUCCCAACAGGACGUCUCCGGCACGCCUCACGGUCAGGUGCCACAAAAGCCGAUUCGGAGGAAGUACCACCCGGAGAGCCAGAGCCUGGAGACCGGAGCUCCGCCUCCUGCCAUGCCAUUCCUACCUCCUGCCAAAACCAGCCAAAAGCUGCUGUCCCGACAGAAGAGAGAAAUCCAGAUGGCGAUCCGUAAGAACCGGGAGACCAACGCUGUGCUGCGGCGUCUCAACAGCGAGCUCCAGCAGCAGCUGAAGGUGGUUCACCGGGAGAGAGUCACCUUGGAGGCCCAGCUGGAGCUCCUGCGGCCCCUGGCCUCGACAUGACGGACAGGGGACAUGUGGGGGAGGCCCCCCCGAGGUCCGGCUGGGGUCGCCGACCCGGCGUUUGCGUCGAAACGCAUCGGCUCGGAUUCGGUUAGCGAGAGCAACGUUUUGAAGCUGAAGUUUGUGUUUUUCUUAUAAACGCGAUGUACGUCUCAAAGGGCUCAGACGUUUUAGAAGCAAAAAUCAAAUUGUUGACUUGACAAAACGGGGAAUCCUUGUUUUAACAGGAACCCCUGAAACCAAUCACUAUUAGAUUUAACCAUGUGAAGGAAAAAAAAAAAGUUUUUUUGUUUGUUUUUUUAAUCAUUGUAUGUCAGCACAUGUAAAAUAUGACUAACUUAUUCUUUCCUUCCUACUGUCCUGUUAGUUUCUACAUGUGAACGUUUGCAGCACAUGUAGUAGUUUGCACACACUCCCGUGAGUCUGAAUGUGCACUUCCUGUGGCGAUCACGACAACUUGUGUUUUUAAAUUUACAGGGCGUCGCAUUAGUCCCGGCAUGCACAAUAUAAAGCAGAUAAAGGUGCUACAGAUUCCAUUUUCCGUCUUAAAAAUAUAAAUACAGCGGGAAAAGAUGUAUGCAAAAAAAUAAAAAUAAAAAAAAAUCUUGGGUAUGUGAGACUAAAAUGCAGAACGACACACUGAAGAAUGUUAACUGAUUUUCAUCAGAGCUGCACAAUUCACUUGAAAAGUUGCUGUUUUUGAUUUAAAUCAUUGUCUUUUUUUUUAUCUAUUCUUGUAAUUUUUUGAUCUUUGACGCCAGUUUUACUGCUUUACAUGCGCUAGACCCGUACAAGCCCAAAUCUAAAGCUUGCUUUCUCCCAUUAGACUCACAGGACGAUCGAGGAGUUGAUGAGCUCCAUGUUGCUGCAUGUGUGCUAAAAUGUUGUGCACUGGACUGUGAAAAUAACCUGAAGUCAUGCACCGACAAGAUGCAAAUCAGAACGGUCAAUAAAGAUAUCUAUUUUUAA